AUGACUGAAGAUCCCCAGCUGGACAGCCCCUCACCGGAUGGCGAUGCGCCCAAGAUUCCAGAUGCCCGGAGAAUGCCGAAGAAGCGGACCAAAACUGGAUGUUUGACCUGCCGCAAACGCCGCAUUAAAUGCGGCGAAGAAAAGCCAAUAUGCAGCAACUGCGUCAAAUCCAAGCGCAGCUGCGAGGGUUAUGCCCAGCGCGUUGUUUUCAAGAACCCCCUGGGGAUUUUUGGAUCCCAUGGUCCGCCUCAAGUUCAGGACCCGCAGAUGCAACAUCAGAUGCGAAUGCCCCUUUUCAAUGAUUACCCUCUCCCGGCUCAGCAAGCUGCUGCCGCUGCUCAACAUCCGAUGUUGGCCCCGCGGCCGAUCGACGCCGCCACAAUUGGAGGUCACAAUUACCCGUAUUCUGAUAUCGCCUCCUCAGGUCCAUCGCAAAUUAGUAGUGGACCUCAAUUCUUCUAUCCGGCGCCGCAGGUACAACCACCUCGGGCUGGGUCAACACAACCAAGAGCGCAACAUGUACAAGGGCUAUUACCCUCGACUACGGUCAAUGACUCACAGUUCCUGACUUCCCAGGCUCAGGCUAACAAGAGCGCUAUAAGCAAGAGGGGUAUGCACAAGAGGCCGGUCCUCAAUACCCCCCCGCCAAUCACCAACUGGGCGAACUUUCCCGGUCAGGACUUCGCCUCGGCAACUGUACCAACAUAUACUGGCGAUACAGUAUGGGACAAGAGUUAUGACGGCAACCUAUAUCCCCAGACAAACAUUCCGCCUGGUCUCAUAUACCAUUACCAGCAGCAACAUGGACCGCUUUCUCCGCAAUUCGAUCCAUCUGCACAACAUAAUCCCCAAUCACUGACACAGGUCGUUUAUAUAGAGGACGAAGCGGAAGACUAUUAUGAUGUCGAAUCUGAAGAUGAUAUGGUGGAUCAGACACAGGCGGAAGGCUUCAACCAAUUAAGCUUAAUCAUGGCCUCUGCAAACCACGACGACAGCCGGCUUCGCUCCUUUACCACGCACUUGAACGAACCCAACGUUCUCGCCUCCUACUACCCACAUCUGGGAUCGUCCCCUCUCAACAACCCGAAGACAGCUCGCAUCUUCACCCAUUUCCUUCAUUCAACGGGUCCCUCUUUGUCUAUAUUUGAACGACACCCGACGGACUCGUCGAUGACUCUGGGUGAUCCAGUUUCACCCGCACAGCAAGGCCUUUGGACAUACACGCUUCCACUCAAAGCCAUGGAACACCCUGCAUUAAUGCAAGCCAUCCUUGCAGUUUCCAGUUUACACAUUGCAUACCUCCAAGGUGUCUCCACCACGGUCUCUCUCAAGCACUAUCACUACGCAUUGAAGCGCAUUGCCACCGAACUUCUCGCCUACUACGAGGUCAUCUCUGCCGAUCACUCUAAAUGGAAUAGCCAUGUCGCCGGUGCCGCGCAAUUGAUCAAAGAGAUUGACUUCGCCCGUACUACUCGGGACCUUCGGGCUCAUCGACGACACAUCAACGAGCAGCGACGACAACCGGGAUGGAAUGACGUGUCGAUGUAUCAUCCUGCAUUUGGAAGUGACAUCAAUGAAGAUGAUCCAUUCGCUGAAAAAGAGGCCAGCAUUGACGGAGCUUUCAUCGGAUCACUCAUGGGGCGGGCAGUCAACUACGACCACUUUGGCCUCAUUGAUGAUGGACUGCCAUACAUUCCAAAGAGACACUUCUCCCGGAAGGACAUCGAGAACUUCCGGAUCCAGUGUGACUUAUACUGGUGGUACACCAAGCAGGAUGUUUUUCACAGCCUGAUCAGUGGAGACAAACUUUUCAUGGCGUAUUAUCUGCAGGGACAGUGCCCACCCCGAGCAGGUAUCGGCCGGCUUGAUGCCAUCUACGGUUCCGCUGAUCAUCUCUGGCUCCUGUUAGCCCGGGUGAGCGACUUUGGCUAUAGGGACCGCAAGCGUAAGCUGAGUGCUAUUCGUGCGAGUGGAAGUGACUGGAGGCCUGACGACCAGGCCCUCCUGGACCACUCGGACCACCUGCGGGUCCCCCAUCUGGACACGGUCGUAAAUCUGGGCAAUUUCCAAAUCCCCCUGAAGGAGGGCCCCCACCCCCAGGUACCGGAUCUCCGCCUCAAAGUGGCCCUCCCAUGUACGGAAUGGUCCCCACCGCAGGGGCCGACUCGCCUCCCCUCGGGUUUUGUAGAUGACCCUCGUAAGAAGGAAGACUCACCCGAAGAAGACGAGAAAGACGAGGCAGACUUUUCCUUUACCGAAGCAGAGCAGGAAUGGGAGGAAAUCAUGGUCGCCAUGGAUACAUACGCUCAGGCGCUAGGUCGAGACUUUCAACCUCUUCCAGAAGAUGUCACGACUGCCAUCUCAUCUCCAUUUGGGCCUGCUCUCCAGUAUCGAACGCACACAAUUGCCGUGAUCUGGGGAUUCUAUUAUGCUGGACGAAUCCUCCUCAAACGUCUUCAUCCCUCUAUGCCCCCAGCCAUGAUGAUGUCGGCCGGUGUGGCAGCCUCAACCACAGCAGAAUACGCACAGAUCAUUGGCAGAAUCGCCGCAGGUAUCUACUAUCCUCAGCGCUACAAUCUCCAGGCUGGCAGCCUAAGCCCAACACUCGGCUCCUCUCUGCAGGAGAUGACAAUGCCAAUGUUUUUCGCUGGGGUGCAGUAUGUGGAUCACAUGCAGCGAGGCUGGACAAUUGCCAAGCUGCGAGACAUUUCUCGUUUGACGGGUUGGAAAACCUCUGACGCUAUCGCCGGUGGCUGUGAAAAGGCAUGGAUUGUUGCAGCCAAAAAUGGCCGUGGGCCACCAUACGAAAAAAGCUUUGAGCCUGACCGUGAGCGUCAUGAACAGGAUGUUCUCUCUCGAGCUGAGGUGGCGCAGUCUAGUGAUCGACGCUUCACAGUAACUGGGCCAGACCGGGCUUAUUUGGCGAUGGGGCUCUUGAGUUUGGAGGGAGACAUGCAGAAUCUGGAAUUGUAG